UGCUUCGGAAGGCGUUCGCGAUGUUCGACGAGGAAAAGACCGGCUUCAUCGAGGCGACACAACUCGGGGGGAUCUUGAAGGACCUCGGCCAGACGGUGGACCCAGACGAGCUCAAGAACACCAUUAUGGAUAUGGAUGUUGAAGGCAAGGCGCUCUCGGAGAACAAAGUCACCUUCGAGCUCUUCGUGAACAUCGUCGGGGUCUUCCUUCAGGACGAGGACGACGAGGCGAUGGCGGAGGAGUUGCGGGAGGCUUUUAGGCUCUACGAUAAGGAAGGAAACGGCUACAUCACGACACAGACCCUGAGGGAGAUUAUGAAAGAGCUCGACAACAAGCUGACAGAAGAUGACCUGGACGGGAUUAUCGACGAGGUUGACGAAGACGGCUCAGGAACGGUAGACUUUGAUGAAUUCAUGGAGAUGAUGACAGGAGAAUAAGCUGGAUGCCUAAUCAUCUCAUCUUCUUUUCUUUGAAAUCAUCUUCUAUGUCAAACCCUAAAAAGUUGAUACUUUAAACUUUUCUUAACCCAUUUUUUUCGUUUUCUUUAAGUUAUUCUAGGUUAUCAAAUUUUGUCAUUUCCCAAAGAACUCGCUUGUUAAAAUUGUACAUCAGAAAGAAAGUAUAAGAUAGAUAGAGAGAGUUUUAUCACUCACUGACUUGUGCAUAAAUGAAAAAGAAAGAGAAAGAAAAAAUAGUAUCUUUUCAUUUCAUAUGAAAUUUGUGUU